AGCGAGCGCCGAUCCUCUUCGAUCUUCUCUGCUGCCAAGUCCCGAACAUAUCCAAGCCAUCUAAGUGUGCACAUGACCAUUUCAGCGUCUCAGUGGGGUUCGCCUACCGCUUCUAGGCGGGCUCUUCUCAUUCACGGCAUGACCAUGUCCUCACAAUCAUGGGAGGGCAUCGCUGAGCUAUUGGUAGCAGAUGGGUUCUUCGUCGUUGCUCCAAAUCUCCUUGGGCAUGCAUGGAGACGGAGCACCGACUAUCGUGUGUCCAACAUUGCAGAGGACCUCCGAUCGUAUUUUGUGAUGGGCACAUCCUACGAUGUAAUCAUCGGCCAUUCUUUUGGAGGCCCAGUGACCUUGUCGCUCUUGCCAUUCUUACCCAAGACGAAAGAUACUGCUAUCAUACUCCUCGAUCCUGCCCUCGAGCUUACAGAGGAGAAAAUGAAAUAUAUGGCUGAAAAUCCUGCUUGGUCACGACGUGACUGCAUAUCAAGAGUGUUGGGGAUGGCCAUGUGCGAUCGCGCUGCUAUCGAGAUGUUUCGGCAAAACACACCGUGGUCUUUCAGUGGGCUGAUCAAGAACAUUCCACCUAACGUUAAGAUCACCGUACUGGUAUCAGAUCCAAACUUCAACGAUAUUUUGGAAUCCGUCCUUCGUGACGUGGAGAGAUUGAAUUCCAAAGUUCUGACUGGAAUUGGUCACUGGAUUCAAUACGAGAUUCCGCAUGCUAUCAUGGAUGAGAUUCCCUUACCGAGAGCAAAACUGUGA